AUGGCCCCAGUCGGCAGCAACAGCACGGGUCCUACCAAGCCCAUCUCGUUCGAGGGGCACCAUGGCCGCCGCCGCUCAGACUCGGUCUCCGACUCCUCUGAAGACUCGGCCUCCCCGACGACGCCCUACACCGCGUCCACGCCCUUCCCCGCGUCUGCCACAGGCGUUCCCCCUCGGAUCUCGCCAUCGUCGCCCACCUCGCCCAUCUUUUCCUACUUCUUCGGCCAGUCAUCCCCCACGACGGCCACCAAGUCGCCCGCGAGCACCUUCCCCCUGCGGCGGAACUUCGGCCCCCCUGUCGUCGAAGAUGACGAGUCCUCCGAGGCGCAGCCCGCGGGUGCGCACACGCACGGCCGGCGCGCGAGCACCGCAUGGACCGGCACCGACCGCUUCGUGCAGCCACCACCCCCUCCGCCAGUGACAUCGCACAACGACCAGCAGGACCGAGCUGCAGGUGUCCUCCGCCGCCUUUCACUGGGCGGCGCGCUAGGCAGGCCGCAAAUAUCCGCAUUCAAGCCUGCACCCGCACAGGGGCAUCGCAGCGGCACGCCUCCACCCGCGCUGACGCCGCGCAAGCCGCGUCGCUCGAACACCAUGGCGGCUGGCACGCCGCGCCCGCCCCGUGCGCCCUCUCCAAUGGGCGAGCGCAUCCUCAAGGGGCACUUCGAUGGCUUCAAUUAA